AUGGACGCUCACGCCCUCCUGACAGCCCAAGGCUGGCGCGGCCACGGCCACUCCCUCCACCACAAGGACGACAAGAUCGGCCUGGCGAAACCUCUCCUCAUCUCGCGCAAGAACAACACAAAAGGCCUUGGUGUGUCGCAACACUUCAACCCGGAUCAGUGGUGGCUCAACGCCUUUGACGAGCAGCUCAAGGGUCUCGAGACCAGCGACGAGGGCGGUGUGAAGCAGACCAUCACCAAGGGAAAGCUCAACACCGUCGCACCGGGUUCGCUGGGCAGGUACUCGGUAUACACCUCCUUCGUCAGCGGGGGUUUUCUUGAGGGAACGGUCGACCUCCUGAAGAAGCAGAAGGAGCAGGAACGGCGGAAACAGAUCAUCUCCAACUCUUCGUCGCCGUCAUCAUCCUCCUCGGCAACGUCUGACGACGACGACGACGACGACACGAAUUCGAAGAAACCGAAGACGUCAGACGGCAAGGAGAAGGAGAAGGGCGUGAAAAUAAAAGAAUCCAAGGCGGAACGUCGGGCGAGAAGAGAGGCCAAGAGGGAACGCAAACAGGCCAGGGCCGUGAGGAGAGCCGCUCGGCAAGAACGCAGGCAAGCAAGAGCUGAGAGAAAGGCCAGGAAGAUCGCCAAGAAGACCGCCAAGAGUGCCGUUGACGAGGAGAAGCGCCUGCGACGGGCUAAGAAGGAGGGAAAGAGGCGCAAGAGGGAGCUCGAGGGGGAGAGGGAGCUCAAGGGGGAGCGCGAGGACGAGCAAUGA